ACUCACAUGUGUGAGGUUAGAUCAAACGUAAAAUCUAUUUUAGUGAUACAAGUUCACCGUCACAUUUUCAUGCCAAUAGGAAAAAAGGUGCCAUUUGCAUGAUCAACGGGCAAGUCGAUUAUCGCUCCAAUUGAAACCAUAACAAAACAAUCCGCAACAAGCGAGGCUAUUCAUGCGUAUGUCCAUGCGCGGUGAGAAUCGCCGUGGUACCGUAAUACGGUCAUUAUGGUUAGAAAAUCAAUACAUUUAGCCCAUUUGGUUAUACAACAGCCUUGCAAACACUUGAGUUCAAAUCCGAGAUUAAGCAAUACUGAAGCAAUUGCGAAGCGGAACACACUCUUUAGCAAUGAAAAAUCGCGUCAGGCGUCGCUAGUCACUCGAGUCACGAAAAUCAAAGUGAAGUACGAGGGUACUCCAAAGCCUUGCACAAUGAUAAUGAACAAGGACAUGUCGACGCCGUAUGACUGCGCAAAACAUCUACCCGAACCCAUCCGAAAAAGAGCUGUUAUAGCCUAUGUAGAUGGUAAACCAUGGGAUAUGCACAGACCGUUGGAGGAUGACUGCACGCUUAAUCUAGCCCAUUUCAAGGAUCCCAACAAGGCUUGGAUCAACAUGGUGAACAAAGCGUUUUGGAGAAGCUGUUCAUUUCUAUUAGGGUAUGCUAUUGAAAGAGCUUUCAAGGACGAACACCAUGUACUUUUACACUCUUGGCCGGCUCCAGCAAUUGAAAGUGGCUCCUUUGUUUAUGACGUGGCGUUGUCAGUCGCCAAUUGGAGGCCCAGACACGAGGAGUGCAGAAUUUUAGGAUCUUCCGUACAGCGGUUGACAUAUUUUUCGGAGACGUUUGAGCGACUCGAAGUGGACGCAGGCGUGGCGAAACAAAUGUUUGAAGAUAACAAAUUUAAAUACGAGCAAGUAGACCACGUCGCAGCAGCAUCUAAACAUGGCACAGUCAUUCUGUAUCGUUGUGGCGACCACGUCGACAUGAGCUGUGGGCCAAUGAUAGCGAAUACAUCGCAGGUUACGCAUUUCAACGUUGUCUCAGUUCAUCCCUUUGAAACACCCAUAGGACUCAUGCAGCGGUUUCAGGGUGUCGCCAUACCGUCCUUUUUUACGAUGAGUCCAUUCGCAAGAAAUGUCCUCAAGAAACGAGCACUAGCUAUGAACACGACCGGCCUUCCUCAAGAAGCUACUCAAACGCUCGAAGAUGCAGAAGCCAAUUUAGCAAAGGCUAAAGAAGAGGAGGAAAACGUCGAUCAUGAUGAAAAUAACCAACACGAUUACACACCAAAAGAACAUCAAGCGGCACAAUAAAAAAGGACACAAUGAAUCUUGGAGCCUGACUGUAGCGAAAAGCAUUGAAUCAAUGAAGCACGCCCACAGAGAUACAGGCCAUUGUAUAUCCGUAUUCAUCAGCUACUAUAAAAAGAGGAAGCACAGUAUCUAGCGAUCCUGUUGCUCUUAUCGAGUUCAAUUGUUUGUAAAGUCGCAAAUUAAGGAUAGACAAAUCGGGGAUCUUUUUUAUUACAUUCUAUAUAAUUGAACCAAGCAACUGCAUCUGCUUUGAAGAAGGUUUUGUGUUCGGGCUGAGCUAGAGCUCCGUGCCAUUAUUACCUUUUAAAUCCUGCACCCAUUAUUCUGGGACAUGAAGGUUUGUGUCCGAUUGAGGGAAGAUACAAUGAUUAAUCUUGGUAGUGCGUGAUGAAAAGGUGCCUGCAGUCGUCGGUUACUAUGGGAUAGGGCCCGACUUGGGCGAGAACAUGUAAAAGCGUCCAGGCGUCAAAAGAGACGAAGAUGGGAAAAUCGUGCGGAGCUCAACGGAAAGCUCGAUGUUUUUAUUACCUAUAUGUGCUAGUUUGAAAUAGCGUUGUAGAUAGUUACUGCAGUACUAAAAAAUAUACAGUGAUUUUAUAUAAAUGCAUACGUACUAUUGUGCCUUUACUUAACGUAAAUACAGUGUGGUCGUAUCGUUCCUAUCUACCAUGGCUAGUACCUAGAAGAUAAUUAUUGAAGAAUAAAGGCUAACACAAAUCAUAAUGACAUUAUGGAAAGAAUUAGCAUCAUUUAUUUAACCAGAAAACAUUCUCAGCUGGUUGUAUCACGCCGAAAAGAUACUCACAUAUAAUUAGUUAUUCCCAUUUAAAAUUCCUUCAACCGUAUUGUUCCAUUUAAUGAAGACUCAAGUGGGAAAUUUAGAGAAUUUCUAUUUCACUUUUUAUUUAGGAAUAAGACUAUAACGUUUCGUAGAUUUUUAAUAUGCUGUUUAAUAGUUAAAGAAGAAUACUCUUAUGAAUGGCCUUGUCUCAAUAAAACUAAUUUUCCUGUGUUUUAACAGCACACUUUAAAUAUAUAGACCGCACGUCCAACAUGAUAAAAUGUUGCUUACUUAAUAUUAUCCUUAUUUUAUACACAUUUGGUUUUGAGCGUUUUUCAGGUGAAAGUCGAACUCGAUCCUUAAGCGGCUGGCUUUUUUAGGUCAACAACAACCACAACGGUGACGAAUUCAAGCUAAGUUAGUUUUUAAUUAAUGGUAGUUUACGGGUAUCAUCGUUUUCUCAAACCAGUCAUGCAAGACGAAUGCUUAAACGCUGUCUUGAGAAAGUGGCAAGAUAUGGAUCGUACGGAAUAGGCAAUAUGAAAACAAAGUACUUGACAGUCAAUGUAUAUCUCUACGAUAAAGCAUGCGCAGUAGAACAAACUACUUUUGUCUUCAGGGAUCUUUAAAGAUUACGUUUUUUGCGGAGGCGUCAAAUAUGCACUGUGAAAAAGGGAAUAGCUUUUUAUAAACUCAAAAAUUGUUAAUUAGUCAUUAACUAAAUUCCAUACAGCGUUACGUUUUAUGUAGCGUCUACAGUAACGUAUGCUGCGUACUGUUACCUAGGUCUAUUCAAUUCGAAAAUCUGCAUUGUUACACUAUUUUUAGUAUCGAAAGCAUACUCACCAGUGGCGGUGUAGGUUCGGAUCCUACACGUUUCGUGUAGGACGCUGGGAACCAGCUGUCUGAAGCAAUGCAUUACUGCACUACUAAAGAUAAAACUUGUAAUAUUUAUUUAUUUAGUACCUAUAAUGUAUCAGGGGUAGUUAUGUGUAUGGACUGAAUGGUGUAUUGACCUCGUAAAAGUGAUUUUGUUAAUCCCGUAACCAGUUCUUUGCUAUUAGUAUAUACUUAAUGUUAAAAAAAAGUCAACUUAUAGUAGGUAAUGUUCUGUCUAUUUCCUUUACAGUCCCUUUAGUUCCCGUAAUGGCGCAGUACGUACUGUGUUCGCCUACUAAACCUGGGGGGUAGUUUGUGUAACGGGUUCGAAUUCAAACAUGUACACACAUUCUGCUUUAUACUGAAAACCAGCCCUCUUAUAAAAUGCCCAACGGCGGUAUCGGACGUAGAAGUCGAAACAUUUAGAGCUUCUCAAAAAAUUUAUAAUAAUUAUGACACAAGAUUUAUUAUCCACACAGAACGUGGCAUAUAAUUUACAUUUCCGCUAAAUCUUUAAAUACUUAAAAAUUACUAUAUAAUUGGUUGUGAGAUUCUUUCUCUAAUUCUGCGAUUAUCAAUAAGUACGGUCGCUAAAAUGGCCCGGUGGUAUGCGGGUUAUAAAAGCACAGAGUAAUAUAUUCCUAUAAAAAAUGCUCAUAUUGUAGCAGUUAAACAGCUAGAAUGACAUACGGAAAUGCUCAUUUAUUCUUAGCUGAUCCAACAAUGGUUAUCGUACAUCUUGCUCAAAUCGAUUUACAGAUCGAUACAGGACUAAUGCAAACCUAACAAGAGAUUGCUAACCAUUUCACUUGAAGGAGUGAAGAUGCAUAAAUGAUUAUUAUUAAACAACUCCGAAUUUAGACUAUGUUAAACUACAGUUUGUCGCUAAUGCUAGUCUGUAGGAUUGUUGCCUAGAUCGACUUCGUAUUUGUUGAAUUAAGUGUCAUUUCGUAAAUAAUAUAUAUAAGUAUCAAUAUAAGUAAUCAUAUAAGUAACCAAUACCAGUAUUAAUUAAUGUUAGUAGAGGUAGUAAUGAUCACAACUGCUAGAAGGUACCGCAGUACUAAUUCUACUAGUACACUUAGUACUGGUAGAAUUAGUACUGCGGUAAAUUAAUUUCCUCUAAUCUAAAUUAAUGGUAAAGUUAAUCUUAUUUUAAGUUAAUUUAGGUUAAAUUGAUUUAAUAUAAUUAAUUUGACCCGAAAAUUUAAUACUAAGCCGCUUUAAUGGUAAGUGACGAAAACUAAAAUCAAAGAGAAAUAUUACUGACUGGUAGCUAAUCUGGCGCCCUUCAGUAAAUGUUUAAGGUCAAGAGAGAACCCGCUAGCAUUAUCUUCGUGUUCAGUCAAAAUUCUGUUAAUUCUACACUUAAUAUUCUAGAACAUUACAGCUUGUAUAUUAUUGUAAGAACGCGUGCUAAUGAGUCGUGGUGUGCAGAAAAGUGAUUUCAGACGUCGACUAUUAUGGGCAAAAAACCUGACGAACGAUGUACAGAAGCGCGUGCCAGAAGGUGACAAGAAAAUAAAGUACGUUGUUUAUGGGACAACGUGUUUUUAGGAUUGAUAUUAUAUAUUUUAAAAACACAUAAGUAUUUGUUUUUGUAUUAUGAAGUUAAGAGUCCUGUUGUGUACACGUAUUGUGUCUUAAUGCACCAUUUGGAUCUGAAUUAAACACUAUGGCACUUUGAACAUAAAACAUUUUAACACUAGUUGUGUACUCUUUCUGAAAUAUCGUGUUUUAUGGUUAGUUCCAUUAAAUAUAUUGCCAUUUUUUUCGUUUUGUUUCAAGUUAGGAACCGCACAUUUGAUAUUGAAGGGAGUUGCUAAACCUGGCUGGACGUGUUCUUCAACACCAAACCUGAAAAUUUCUGUUCACAAAAAGAAAUUGGCAAAAACUUAUUAUCCGAUUUAAUAUUAGGCUGUUGGAAACGCAUCCGGUAAACUUGGAAAUGGAAUAACUUUGGAACUAGUUGGGCUGAAAUGAUGAAUAGUUAAUGUGCGUUAAAGGUACUAUUGUUUUUUAAUUUUUUUUAGGCACUCGUCCGGGCAUUCUAGCAGCUUCUGGAUUACCACCUAUCUACCAUUCCCGUUCUUAUUUGUAAUUUCCUAAUCUAUGGCUUCUCGAAAUACAUCAAUAGUGGUAUAUGUACAUUGUACUAUCACAUUACGUCCGAACCUGCUCGACACUGUCAUUAAACUCAGUCUUUCUUUAGAGCGACGUCAUUCCACCUCCUUGUCCUUCUUUGGCAGGUGUUAGAAAUUGAACCAUGCCUUGUCUACGGGGACUGUAUGCCCCAGGCGGUUUUUUUGUAGAUUGCACCUGGAAUAUGCCAUACAUUACUAAUUUCCUGGACCUCUUUAUCAGCUUGGGUCAUGGUUCGGGAUAUAUUUGAUAUUACUUCGAAACCACGACUUGCAGGGACGGUCAUUUCGUCAUCCUUCCCUUUGAACCGUUCCAGUCCAUCCUCCAUUCUGGCUCUAAUUUCCUCUUGACCAGAGACGCUGGGUCGCGAGGGGGACCGUAUUCCCUGCUCUCCCGUUAAUACCAAUUGUAAUGUGUCAGGCCCGUGAUUAUUUAGGGUCUGUCCUUCUAUUAUUCUCUUACGUCUCUAAAUUUUACCUGUUACUGGCACGUGGUUCAAAUGUCUAUUUCAUUUCAAAAUUUGGCAGGUUCGCUUGUAGUAGCUUUUAUUGAUAAUUUACAAUCUAAGGAAUCCAGAAUUAGAUCCAUGUUAAAGUUCUGUGAUUCCGUUUCCUCUGUGUAUGAAAAAAAAUAUCCUCUCAUCUAUAGGUAAAACGAAAUAGAGCGAAAUAAGGCCUCUGCGUAAUAACGACACUUGGUUGUCUGUAAAUAAUUGUAGUUUAUUUUAGGGAAUAGUACACACGCAUAAUGUUCAUAUGUACAUGGCUCUCCCGGUACGGGCUUCUGGCCGAUCAAAUACAGCGACGCAUAUGGAACAUGUUUUUCGUCGUUACCCAUUCUACUACCCGCCCGUAAGUCUCCACAAUGUUUCCUCUCACACGCGCCUCUAUCGAGUUCGCCUCCAGCCUCGACCCCGACCUCCCGUAGGCAAUCCUUUACAAUCAUGCCACUUCUUCGCCCUCGCCCAUCCCCUGUAUAUAGCUACCUACGUUUUUCAUUUAUUACUUCACACCCUAUUUCAUUCGGUCGUUCGUUCUAUCGCAAUUUCGUUUUGUUACCUACCCAAGCAGCCAGCCAGUCGACCCUAGCCUUUACUCUGUGCCAAGUGUCGCAGCUGCAAACUAUCAUAAUCAUCAUUAUUAUUAAUUAUGAUCGUUAUCAUCAAAGUCUUCUCCUUCAUCCUGAUCAUUGGCAUGAUCCAUAAUUUUGUUUGUGUUUUUCAUCACCGUCGUAGUGUCGUGGUCAUUGUGUUUCGCCUUUCUUAUCCAAGAUGGACUCGCCUCCACAAAUACAGACAAGACCAACAUUUUAAUUUUCGGCCUACUUCUCCUGUCUCUUCUAUGUAAUCACUAUUAUCGUACUAAUUAGCGGCAUGCUCAUCAUAAUCAUUAUCAAUAUUCGUCAUUAUAGUCGUGGUACUAUCAUCAUCAACAUAGUCAUUGUUAUCGAUACAAAAAUUAAAUCGACGAAAGCCGUGCUCCCAUGUAGAUAAUCAUCAAAACUGUUAUUUACGGGGUCAUAAGAGGACAACAUGGGGCAAAGACAGAAGGGAAAAACCGCAAGGAGAGUACAAUAAGGAAUGCUAGGCUUUUCAGAGUUUGAAAAAAACAAAUAAGCUUGAGUUUAGUAGAAGAUUACAUAUAGGACUCCUCGUGUCUAUGGGAGCACUGCCUUCGCCACCGCAGAUCGCACUCUUCGCGUCCUUACCCCCCUCCCUCAAAAACGCUGUACAAUAAUUACAGUAACUUGCCAGCCAGCCGAAAUAAAAAGCGUAAACAAGGACAGGAAAGAGAUCUUAACCCCGCCCUAUAAUGGGUUGCUUCAUUUCUUUAACCUUUUCUUCGUGCUCGCUUUUCUUUUUGUAUUUUUAUAUAUGACACUCGGUACUCGUUCAUCUAUAUUUUUCAUCAUCUUUUACACGAUUUGUUUUAUAAUACUACUUUACUAUUAGACACUGUGUGCUUUCUUUGUCGCGACCAUUUCCCUCUUCAAAAAAUUCGGGAUACUUUCGCCUUCUUCGUAUACUCUAUCCCUUCUACUGGAGUCCGUUUUUUAUAUAUAUAUAUAUAUAUUUUUAUAUAUAUUUCAUUCAAUUCAAUUUCUCACGCUUCCCUUAACUUAGUGCAUUUCUUUCGUCUCAUAUUUUCUUUCCUAUGCUUUUUAAUGUAAUAUAUAGCGUUGGCCGGAACCUUAUGCUCUUAUCUGUUUUUCACUGUAUAUAUUUCUAU